AUGUGGCCGACCAGUGGUGACACGGGAAGCGCAGCCAUACAUUGUGUGAGGAAGAUGGUAAAUGCGGACAUCAUUGUGCUCUAUUCGAAAGGACGAUGCACUCAGGACCAGGAACUACAGAUGAGUACAGUCCAAAGCCCCAAUGUUCACGUUUUUGCAGCGGAGGGAACAUCCGAUGACUUGGAUGAAAUCACAAUUGCAGUGAAAUCGGAUAUUGCCUUUGCUGAAGAACACGGGCUGAUGAUCUUCAAUAGCGCCAAUAUUGGUCGCAUCUUAGCCCAGGUCCCCAUGUACUUUUAUACCUACUACCGUUUUUGUAGCAUAGACAUCAUGAAGCCGCUGGAAGUUAUCGUUCCGACAGGAGGCUGUCUCUGUAUCACAGGAACAAUUGCAGCUAAAAUGGGACUCCCAAUUAAAAUUGUGGCAUGCACCAACAAGAAUGAUGUCGUGACUCGUUGCAUCAAGAAUGCUGAGUUCUCUCAGGAGUCGCAAGUUCAUCAUACAUAUGCUUUAGCAAUGGAUAUACAACGGCCCGCCAGGCUCUAA